AUGUGGGCGACCGCACCUUGUCGCAAUCGCGCAAGUGGGAUCUUAUCCAGCAGAAGUUUGAGCGGUACAAGCUCAGUCGCGGCACCACGCCCAUAUCUGUCCCCACUGUGCGGACGCUUCAGCGGCAGAUGGCCACCGCAUUGCGCAAAGCGCAAACACUACAACUUGCAGAUCCGCCGCGCGCUCCCUUUGAUGUAUUUCGCCACUUGCUGUUGCAAAGUCUGCUUGCCGACUUGGAGCGCGCUGUGCUUGAGUUGUACAACUUGUCUGAGGCAUAUAAAACGGGCCAGACCGUGGGUCCACUCCCGGACAUUGUGCAUUCUUUUGCGGACCUGCCGAUUGAGGCGGAACCGGACGCAGAAGACGCCCCCAAUACGCCGAGCCCACAUGCGUCAGAUCUGGGCGACGACAUGGACGUGCCUGAUGCCAUGGCGCCUCUUCUUGCGAGCUUGCAUGCAUUGA